AUGGCAGCAGUGACUUCCAGAAACGGCACUCUUAUCACGCACAACAAUGCGACCUACAUCCCAUCGCCUCUGAUACCGGGUUUCACAGGACAUGUGCCUACCACCAAGUUCAUGUCUGGGGACACAUUUGGGAAGGCAAGCGUCAAGUAUUUACAGGACGUCCGACGUGCAUCCACGGCCUGCCAUGCAAGUGAAUAUGGUAAAGGUGGCCUGCUCCCUUGCAUCUACUCAAAUGAUGGGCCUCUGAUCAAUAUGCAUCGCUCACAGAACAGAUACCCAGCCGUCCAGCCGACCUACUGGUCACGUUACAAUGUAGAUUUCAAACGGCAAGGAGAGAUCGAGCUUUUUAAUGAGCUGGCACAGAAACACAGGGAGAAAUACAAAGAUACGACUGGGACACGGCAGCCUGUGAGUUUCUUCACGAUGCCAGUGACGGACAAUGAGAAGUAUUUGUGUAAGACGCACUACUUUGAAAAUUAAUUAAUAACUUUGUAUUUGUUGGUACAAGUGUGUGUUACUGUGUAUUCGGUGACAUAAUGCAACAACAACCAAAGAAAGUGAUGGAGGAGGCCCUAUGGGA